CUUUCCUAAGUGUACGUCAUUAGUUCAAAUUUCCAUUUUCUAAACACAUUUGCAGCCAUGAAAAUCUUGAAAAUAUUUUUUGUUAUUUUUGCUAUACUUGGUUGUUUUUCAUGGCCUAGUAUGCAGAGCGAUUUGGAGACGUACAUAGUUCAAGUCGAAUCACCAGAAAGCCAAAUUUCCACUCAAUCGUCAAGAAUGGAUUUGGAGAGGUGGUACAAGUCUUUCUUGCCAAAGACCAUAGCAACCGCUGGCUCAGAAGAAGAGCCGCGGUUGAUAUAUUCAUAUCACAAUGUGAUGAUAGGCUUUGCUGCAAGAUUGUCGGCGAAGCAAGUGAAGGAAAUGGAGAAGAAACCGGGCUUUAUCUCAGUGUUGCCUCAGAAGAUAUUGUUUUUACACACUACACAUACUCCGAGUUUCCUUGGAUUGCAACAGAACGUUGGGUUGUGGAAGGAUGCCAACUACGGUAAAGGUGUGAUCAUCGGAGUCUUAGACACGGGGAUUUCACCUGACCAUCCUUCAUUUAGCGACGAAGGAAUGCCUCCUCCGCCUGCUAAAUGGAAGGGCAAGUGUGAUUCAAACUUCACUACAAAGUGUAACAACAAGAUCAUUGGCGCGAGGACUUUCCCAGUAAGCAGUGAUUCACCGAUAGAUGAAAAUGGACAUGGCACACACACCGCCAGCACUGCUGCUGGGGGUUUUGUGAAAGAUUCCAAUGUGUAUGGAAAUGCUCUAGGCACUGCGGUUGGGGUUGCCCCUCUUGCUCACUUAGCCAUUUAUAAGGUCUGUGAUGCAUUUGGUUGCCCCAACAGUGACAUUCUAGCCGCCAUGGAUGCAGCUAUUGAUGACGGAGUUGAUAUCCUAUCCCUUUCCCUUGGUGCUAGUAGUAAGUCGUUCUAUGAAGACUCCAUUGCACUCGGUGCGUUCAGUGCAACAAAAAGAGGUAUUCUUGUAAGUUGCUCUGCCGGUAAUAAUGGUCCAUACGAUAACACCUUAUCAAACGAAGCUCCAUGGAUUCUAACAGUAGGUGCAAGCACUCUUGACAGGAAACUCAAGGCCACCAUUACACUCGGAAACCAAAAAGUAUUCGAGGGAGAAUCAGCAUUCCAUCCAAAGGAUCACGACUCGACAUUUUUCCAUCUGUAUGAUCCUUCACUGAAUGCAACCGACUUUGACAGCCCUUAUUGCGGAACAAGUGCUCUGAGUGACCCUGAAAUUAAAGGAAAAAUUGUUGUGUGUAUGGCAGGUGGUGGUUAUUCCAGGAUUGAGAAAGGACAAGCUGUAAAGGAUGCAGGAGGUGUUGGCAUGAUUAUCGUUAGUACCGAUGAUGGUUUCACUAAGUUUGCUGAUGCCCACGUUCUUCCAGCUUUGUAUAUCACCUACAAAGACGGAAAAGAAAUUUUUGACUACAUCAACUCAACGUCACCACCAAUUGCCAGUAUUGCAUUCCAAGGAACAGUAAUCGGAGAUAAAGAUGCUCCGGUGGUUGCGGUAUUUUCUUCUCGCGGACCGAAUAUAGCUAGUCCUGGAAUCUUGAAACCUGAUAUUAUUGGUCCCGGUGUUAACAUUCUUGCUGCUUGGCCUACCUCCGUUGACAACAAGACAAACACCAAAUCCACCUUCAACAUUAUAUCCGGAACCUCUAUGUCCUGUCCUCACCUCAGUGGAGUAGCAGCAUUGUUGAAAAGCACGCACCCGAAUUGGUCCCCUGCAGCCAUCAAAUCAGCAAUCAUGACAACCGCUGACACAGUGAACCUUGCAGACAAUCCCAUCUUAGAUGAAAGGCUCGUUCCGGCUAACGUAUUUGCAAUUGGUGCAGGACAUGUCAAUCCAUCACGAGCUAAUGAUCCAGGACUAAUCUACGACGCCCAAUUUAUGGACUAUCUACCUUACCUAUGUGGUCUGAAUUACACAAAUCGACAGGUGGGAAACCUCAUGCAACGCAAAGUGGAUUGUAAUAAAGUGAAACACAUUCAUGAAGCCCAACUAAAUUAUCCUUCUUUCUCCAUCACACUCGGAGAAAUUUCUCAGACAUAUACGCGAACAGUGACUAAUGUCGGGGAAGCUAAAUCAUCUUACAAUGUGGAAAUAGCUUUACCACCCGGAGUUUCCGUGACUGUUAAGCCCUCUACUCUGAAAUUCUCCAAGCUGAACCAGAAGUUGAAAUACAAAGUGACAUUUAUGCGAAGAGAUAAUAGCACAAACAGUGGUAUUAUUCAAGGAUUUUUGAAAUGGACUAGUAAGAAGUACUCUGUAAAAAGCCCAAUUGCAGUUGUGCUACAACCUACAAUUGGCUUCUAGUUUUAUUUCUUUAUUGGUACAAUGUAUAACAAGCCUACAUCAGUGUUUUCAAAUGCAUUUUCAUGGCGAGUCCCUGGGCGGGGCAUACCAAAAAUGCUCCGAGAUGCAAAUGAAACGCGUAGAUCCGUAGUGCCUAUAAUAGUGGUUUCCCUUGAAUAA